UAGGGUUCUUUUUUUCUUUCUUUCUUUUUUCCUUAAUUGCCUCACAAACAGAAAUUGGAUGAAUCUCCGAGAUGCUGAAACAGGAAAAAUUCUCUGGCAAGGAACAGAAGACCUCUCCGUCCCUGGAGUUGAGCAUGAAGCUCGUGUCCCAAAGAAAAUUUUGAAAUGCAAGGCUGUAUCUCGGGAGCUGAACUUUUCAUCAACAGAACAGAUGGAGAAAUUCCGUCUGGAACAGAAAGUGUAUUUCAAGGGACAGUGUCUAGAAGAAUGGUUCUUUGAGUUUGGCUUUGUGAUUCCCAACUCCACAAACACUUGGCAGUCCUUGAUAGAGGCUGCUCCCGAGUCACAGAUGAUGCCUGCUAAUGUUCUAACCGGGAAUGUUAUCAUAGAAACCAAGUUUUUUGACGACGACCUCCUCGUAAGCACUUCCAGAGUAAGAUUGUUCUACGUUUGAGAGAAGGCCAAGACGGGGCUUGGGCCUGGUUUAGUUCCCCCCACACACACCUGGUUCCUGGUGCCGAAUCCCCACCCCACCCAAAAACCGUGUCAAGUGGAAGACUCUCUCUCUCUCUCUUCCUUUAGGCGGCAACAGCUCAGCUCAAGUUGUGAACUUUGCCCAUCCGUUCAGUCUCUCUUCCUCCUGGCAGGGCCUGGUUGAGCCACAAGAUGGGUCACCAUCCCCUCAAAAGUCAAGGGGCAGGGGAGGGAGGAGGACUCUGUUAGAGACCCCAAUAGGGCCAGCAAAUGGGCACGAAGGAUCAAGAUUUGUAAAUUAUGUUUAGUUUUUUUAAAGAAAACAAAAUGCUUUGUAUAUCCCUUAGUACCCCAUUCUUGGCAGGUGGUACAUAUCACCUUAGUUCAUCAUUGUUUGUUCUUAAGUUAACACCCUUGCUCCCCUCCCUGUUUUCGUUUUCCUUUCUUUAAUUCCAUCCGUAACAGAUUCAGACGUCAUCCCUGGUACCCUUUGCUCCUUGAACUUGUAAAAUAGACUGUGAUAUUAUUACAUAAUGUAAUUAAAAUAAAUUUCUGAAUUAAAAAAAGCAAACAUUCCUACCA